UACCAAGUGUGCCUGCAAGUGGUUAGACUCUGGGUAACAGAGGAAGCUGCUCUUUGGAUGAUAACGACGCACUGCAUUACAUAGACACACAUGCUGUUUUGUAAGGAUACGCAUAACAGCUGGAUGUAACCAUGUUUUUGUGGCUUAAAGUCUUGGUGUUCGCCUUGUCCCUGGUGAACCUGGGCGUUUUUGGUAAAGACACAUUGCUGAUGAGUCCAACUGCAACUGCUUCAUCUCGAAGCAUACGUUCUUCUCCAUCUUAUGGCCGUUCUUCCACACCCGCACCCACCACUCCAUUCUCACCUGCAAGCAUCUCUGAAGCAAAGCCUGACUCUAGAACAAAUGAAGCCCUGGUUUCUACUUACCAGACCCCCAAUUCUACUGAAACACCUGUUAGCGAAACCAAUGCUACUUCUCUUUCCAGCACCAUCACAGAGACUAUUCCACCAAGCAGGCCAUCCUUCACCACUCCCAUGGAUACAAACUCUUCAAGCAUUCAGGCAUUCAGCAGCCCUGCUGCCCUUCCUUCACCCUCACCUUCCUGCACGCACGCAACAUCAGAUGAUCUGAAAAAACCUUCCACGCAUGCCAGCAUUUCACCAACCAACAGCACUCCAGCAGCCAUCACUCCAGCAUCCGCAAACACCACCCCUGUUGCCACUUCUACCAAGAAAUGCGAUAAAAUUACCAUUUCAGUGAAGAAGUAUAUGUCAAUAAACAAUACAGUCAUUGCAAAAGUUGACAGUGGAUCAUCCAAUCAGUUGGACAUCAAAUGCAAUGGCAGCUGUGCCUAUGAUAGCAAAUCCAAACAUCUCACUGGCCUUAAAGAAUGUGAACAUUAUCACAUAAACAUAACAAGUGAAAGCUGCAGGGAUAAGCAUUACAUUCAUGUCCCUCCCGUUGGAAGGAAAUUAAACUACGCAAAAACUGAAAGCAGUGUGUCUUUAAAAUGGAAUGUUCCUGACAACUUUGGAUGCAGUUUAAAAUAUUCCUACCAGUGCAAUGAUAAUUUGAUCAGUGGUAAGAUCAGUGAGCCAACGCAGAAAUGGUACUCUUUAUCACCCAAUACAGACUACACUUGCAAGUCAGUAAUAAUUUUCAACGGUGCUACAGUGAUUACGGAAAACGUUACAUUUAAAACAGAUUACGGAAAGCCAAACAAACCUGAAAAUGUUCAGUUGGAAGUACAUGCAACUAAUAUAUCAUUAACUUGGGUUGAACCACGUAAUAAAUCCAAUGGCCCUAUUGAUGGCUACAUGGUUGAAAUCUGCAACUGGAAGCAACAGUAUCACUGUGAGCUUCAAAACACUUCAUUGUUUUCACAUCUGUGGUUUAAUUUAAACCCUUAUACAAAGUAUUGCUGCAGUGUAUGGGCAUACACAGUGGGGAAUAAUAAAAUACUUGCGGGGGAAAGAGAAACCAAAAAUGUUACCACUGCUCCAGCACCACCAAAACCUGUGGAAGGCCUCAAAGCACACUUAACAGAAAACGCAAACAAUGCCGUGCGCAUUAUCUGCACCAAACCAAAGGAAAUUAAUGGACCAAUGGAACACUUCAUGUUGGAAUGGGAUGGUGGCAGUAGGAAUGGGAGCCACUGUGAGUUCGAAGUGACAGACCUUUACUACUUGACAAGAUAUACGUUCAAGGUAACAUUUUUCAAUGGAAAAUUUCCUUCAGAGAUACGCUCAGUUACAGUGGACACACGAUAUAAUUCUAAAGCCCUGAUUGGAUUUUUGGCUUUCCUUAUUGUUGUGACAUCUUUGGCUUUACUUAUUGUUCUGUAUAAAAUCUACAUCCUCAAACGAGAGAAAGCAAGAAAUGCAGAUGAAGACGUGGUGCUCGUACCCAGAGAUGAUGAAAGGAACCUGAAGAGUAUAGAACCAAUUCCUGCAGAAUUAUUGUGGGAGGAAUAUAAAAGAAAGAUAGCAGAUGAAGGAAGACUUUUCCUGGAUGAAUUUCAGAGCAUUCCCAGAGUUUUCAGUAAAUUUUCUAUAAAAGAUGCACGCAAACCUUAUAACCAGAACAAAAACCGCUACAUUGAUAUUCUCCCAUAUGACUACAAUCGAGUGGCACUUUCUGCAAUACCUGGAGAACUAGGAUCGGAUUACAUCAAUGCAAGUUAUAUUGACGGUUACAAAGAACCAAGAAAAUACAUUGCUGCUCAAGGUCCCAAAGAUGAGACAACUGAUGAUUUCUGGAGAAUGAUCUGGGAGCAAAAGGCAACCAUUGUUGUCAUGGUGACUCGUUGCGAGGAAGGGAACAGGGUCAAGUGCGCCAAAUACUGGCCAUCCAUGGAAGAGGAAACUGCAUCCUAUGGAGACAUCAUUGUCAAGAUAAAUGAAUGCAAAGUGUGUCCUGACUACGUCAUUCAGAAGCUGCAUAUCACAAAUAGAAGAGAAAAGACAACAGAAAGAGAUGUGACCCACCUUCAGUUUACAAGCUGGCCAGACCACGGAGUACCUGAUAACCCCAACCUCCUUCUCAAGCUGCGCCAUAGAGUGAAUGCUUUAAGCAACUUCUUUAGUGGUCCAAUUGUGGUCCAUUGCAGCGCUGGUGUUGGGCGCACUGGAACCUACAUUGGCAUUGACGCCAUGCUGGAAGGACUGGAGAGUGAAGGAAGAGUGGAUGUUUAUGGCUAUGUUGUAAAGUUACGACGUCAGCGAUGUCUUAUGGUGCAAGUGGAGGCACAGUACAUCUUGAUCCAUCAAGCUUUGGUUGAAUACCUGCAGUUUGGUGAAACGGAGGUCACUAUUGCAGAACUGCAUAGGCAGCUUAAUCACCUGAAGAAAAGAUAUCCUCCCAGUGAUCCAUCUCUGCUGGAAGCUGAAUUCCAGAGGCUGCCCUCAUACAAGAACUGGCAGUCACAGAAAGUUGGCAAGAGAGAUGAAAAUAAACAAAAAAAUCGGAGUUCUACUGUUAUUCCAUAUGACUAUAACAGAGUCAUGUUCAAGCAUGAAGACGAGGGGAACAGAGAGAGUGAAACUGAUGCCACUGGAUCUUCUGAUGAAGAAAGUGACUGUGAUGAUGAACCCAACAGAUACAUCAAUGCUUCCUACAUACCUGGUUACUGGCUUCACUCUGCAAUAAUAGCGGCGCAAGGACCACUUCCAGAAACCAUUGGUGACUUCUGGAGCAUGGUGUUUCAAAGAAAAGUGAAAGUUAUUGUUAUGCUAACUGAGUUGAAAGAUGAUACUCAAGAACUCUGUGCACAGUAUUGGGAAGAAGGACAAAAACGAUAUGAUGACUUCCUGGUGGAACUAAAAGAGGUCAACUGUUGUUCCAGUUACACUGUCCGAACAUUUCAGCUAACCCAUGUGAAGAGGAAAGAGACCCAUGAAGUGUUUCAGUAUCAAUACCAUAAAUGGAAAGCUUUUUGUCCCCCAGAAAACCCCAAAGAAAUAGUCAACAUGAUCCAGAAUUUGAAACAUAAGCUUCCAGCACUAGAUCCAACAGCUAAUGCAAUCAAGUUCACCCAGAAUUUUCCAGUUGUCAUUCACUGCCGAGAUGGUUCUGAGCAAACAGGAGUAUUUUGUGCCUUGAUGCACCUCCUGGAAAGUGCUGAGACUGAAGGUUUAAUAGAUGUUUUCCAAGUUGUGAAAUCUCUUCGUAAAGCCAGGCCAGGAAUGGUUACUUCCUUUGAAGAUUAUCAGUUUCUAUAUGAUGCUGUUGCGAGCAUGUAUCCUUCCCAGAAUGGAGAACUGCAAAAGACGCAAUGCCCAGAACACAAAGUGGAUAUUCAGAAUGAUAUAAAGAAAGAUGAGGAAGCUCAUUCGGUUGCAAGUGAUCUCUGCAUUCCAGUUCAAGAAACUAUGAACAAUAAGGAAAUGGUUGAUGAUUCCAAACCCAAGGAUGGUUCUAGCCAAGCAGAAAGUUCUUCUAAUGGACCUUCAAAUCCAAUCUUAACUGAAGUAGCCUAGAGUCCUUUUGAACCCUUCCAGUUGAAGGUCUCCAUGCAUUUGCAGUAAAUUGAAACAGAACAAAAUAUGGGCAUUUCCUUCUGAGUUGCAACCUCUUUUAAUAAGACCUUGAAAGAAUUGUUUCCUCCACUGUAUGGUGUGAAAUAGAUGAAAGUUGUGGAUAGUUUUAGUGUACUGUGAAUUUUGAGGGGGUUUGUAUGUAGAUUUGGUAUUUUGAUUGUAUGGCAUAAGUUGUAUUCUUUAAAUUUUUGUUUAAUCGGGCUGUUAUUUUUAAUGAAAUUUCAGAUAAAUACAAAGGAGAUAAGAAAACCUUUUGCAUUUUUUAACAUGAAAAAAUAUAGACAGUGUGCAGAUUAGCUAACCUAUCACUUUUUGGUUAAAAGGGGAAAUAUCCACAACUCAACCAAUGAUGUAGUGGCUAAUCCUAGAAGUAAAACCCUAACCCUUUACUAUUAUUAUAGGAGACACUGACAUCAACUAUUAUAUCCUCAGGCUUCCCUGUUUCCUGUGCAUAUAACUGUAAUUCUUAAAGUACCUAGGAAAAAUGAUUUUUUAAAUUAUUCCCUUGAUAAUACAAAGUAAGUGGAUGGGGAUGGGUUGAUCUUGAAUGGGUAUUUAAGAUGCAUUCACUUUCCAAAAAAUCUGCUCCUAGUGAAGACGGAGACUGCUGGAACUCUAUCUUGUAGGGUGAGCAGGCUGAAUUCUUGGGCUUUCCUUGCAGAUGCCACGAUAAAUUCCAAAUGUACCACUCUGCCACUGAGAACAACCAGUACUUCAUGUCCAAAGGAAGCAUAUUUCUCAAGUAACAUUCCACCACGUCACACUUUUUAAACUAAGCAGUUUUAAAAUGAAACUAGAAACUAGUGAAAGAGGCAAAGGAAUUUUAAAAAAUCACAUUGGCUACACCUAAUAUCUUGUUCUUUGGAUCACAGUGAUGGACAGUGAAGAAGGGGGCAGAAGAAGCGGGGUGGGGUGAAAAGUCCUUGCUGGUGGCCUCUAUGAGCAAAAGGUAGUUGUAGAUCUGGUAUUGAAAUGGGACACACAAUGUGCAAUGCCUAUUAUAGAUAUUAGAGCAUUCCUUGAUAUUGAACAGAAUAGACUGUGAUCCUGCAGAGUAUAUUUAAGGCUAUCUGGAUCUUAAGAUACUGAUAAAAGAUCACGAGAUCAUGACUGAAAGUUCAUAAAGCUAAGGUACAUGUGACAGAUCCAUUGUCCUCUCACAGAUCCAUUACCAUGUACCAAGAUUCUCAUCAACUUUAAGCUUGCACGUCUAAAAUCAGCCUCAGGAUGUCACUGUUUUCACAGGAAUUCACCUGUUCAUUCAACUCCAACAAACAUAAGUUAUGAACACUGAAUGUUUUACAAAAUUGUGGAGAAACAUUGUUCAGUUGACAUUUGAUCCUACAUGUUAGGACAGCUGGGUUUUAAAGAAAUAAUAUUCUGACUUGCAUGGUAUUAUUCUUACAAGAUUUUCCCUCUUUUUUAUUUUUGUAUAUGCUAUGCUUUCUGAAUGUUUGUUGCAGAUUUCAGUUUUAUAUGAACAAACAUUUAUAUGUAUUAUAUUUCUGAUUAUUUCUACUUUGAAAUAAAAAUAAUGUAUCAAUUUUUAAAAAA